AUGGACACUCAGCCUGUCAAGGCUGCCCUUGGGAAUCAUUUUGAAGACCUUGCCUUCCAAAUCAAAGGCGUGAAGGAUAUGCCUGCUGUGGUUGGCACUCUCGAAGUGAUUGCAUUGCUCCGGCAGCAACACAACGAAGCGGAAAACAUGAGAAGGAUGCAUCAUCAGGAGAUUAUCACUAAACUGGAUGCCAUCGAGGGCCGGUUGGAUGGCUCUAUCGAGGACCAGCAGGCCAUCACACAGGAUGCAAUCGACCGCCUGCCUGUGAUUAUACUCAAUAGACAGCUGUUUCAUCUCCGCACUUGGGCAUUAUCUUCCGCACUUGAUGGAGCACUCGUCGAGUUGGAAUGA